GGAGGGGCGGGGCCGGGCUGGGAGAGGCUCCGCCCCCAGGCGCGUCAGUGUGCGUGGCCGGGGGGCGCCGCGCAGAGCCCCUCUUUAUGAUGUCGGGCUUGAGGACGAAGCAGGGCGGUGCUGUGGCAACCCUCACCCUGCGGACACGCGCUCCCAACAUCCGGCCCGGCGGCAUCGCCGCGUAAGAAGUGGGGUCCCUGUGGCAGUGCGCCGACCCCCAACUCCAGCCGCUCCCGACACCCCCAUCCACUCUCAGUGCGCGCGCGCCCGCCCCCGCCGGGCCCCGCGCGCCGCGCCCCCUCCCACCCGGCACGCCCUGCCGCCCCGCCCGGCAGCAGCCAGCCUGGAGCCGCCCCGCGGGCCACGGAGACCCUCGCAGCGGCACCGUCCUCCUCCGCCGCCCGCCGCCAUGGACGCGUACCCCCCGCGCCGGCUGGGGCUGCCCCGCGCUCGGUCCCCUGGCGGCUCCAGCCGCGGGUCACCCUCCGUCAGCUGCAGCCGACUUCGGCAGGUUCAGAGCAUCCUGACCCAGAGCAGCAAGUCUCGGCCGGAUGGGAUCCUGUGCAUCCUAGGAAUCGAUAGCAGGUACAAUGAAGGCUGCAGAGAGCUGGCAAAUUAUCUUCUAUUUGGUUUGUACAAUCAGAAUACCAGUGAUUUUGAGAAAACGGGAUUUUCUGAAGAAGUGCUAGAUGAUGUAAUUAUAUUGAUUAAAUCAGAUAGCGUCCAUCUGUACUGUAAUCCUGUAAACUUUCGCUAUCUCUUACCUUACGUGGCACAUUGGAGAAAUCUGCAUUUCCACUGCAUGACCGAAAAUGAGUAUGAAGAUGAGGAAGCUGCAGAAGAAUUUAAAAUUGCCAGCUUUGUGGACAUGGUUCGAGACUGUAGUAGAAUUGGCAUUCCUUACAGCUCCCAAGGUCACUUGCAGAUAUUUGAUAUGUUUGUGGUGGAGAAAUGGCCAAUUGUACAGGCCUUUGCACUUGAGGGCAUUGGAGGAGAUGGAUUUUUUACCAUGAAAUAUGAGUUGCAGGAUGUGAGUUUGAAUCUAUGGAAUGUCUACAGCAAGAUGGAUCCUAUGUCUCUGGAGAGUUUGCUUUCAGAUGAUUUGGUGGCUUUUGAACAUCAGUGGACUAGCUUCUUCGCUAAUUUUGACACAGAAAUUCCUUUCCUGCUAGAACUUUCAGAAUCUCAGGCGGGUGAGCCAUUCAGAAGUUAUUUCAGUCAUGGAAUGAUCUCUAGCCAUAUAACUGAAAACAGUCCUAAUCGGCAGCCAUUUGUUCUCUUUGGUAAUCACUCCACACGAGAAAACCUGAAUGCUGGCAACUUUAACUUCCCUUCUGAAGGACACCUGGUACGAAGCACUGGUCCUGGUGGGAGCUUUGCCAAGCACAUGGUAGCCCAGUGCGUCUCACCAAAGGGACCUCUUGCUUGUUCAAGAACAUACUUUUUUGGAGCUACUCAUGUUCCUUACUUGGGUGGUGACAGCAAGCUGCCCAAGAAAACUGAACAAAUUAGGCUGUUGUCCCAGAUAUAUGCUGCUGUUAUUGAGGCUGUUGUGGCUGGCAUUGCAUGCUAUGCUAAAACUUCCAGUCUAACAAAGGCCAAGGAGGUAGCAGAGCAGACUCUGGGAUCUGGGUUAGAUUCCUUUGAGUUGAUUCCGUUUAAGGCAGCCCUGCGCUCCAAGAUGGCUUUUCAUAUACAUGCUGUGAAUAAUCAGGGAAGAAUUGUACCGCUGGACAGUGAAGAUAGCUUAUCCUUUGUGAAGACGGCUUGUAUGACCAUCUAUGACAUUCCUGACUUGCUGGGAGGAAAUGGUUGCUUAGGAUCUGUGGUUUUCUCUGAAUCGUUUUUGACUUCUCAAAUCUUAGUUAAAGAAAAGGAUGGCACUGUUACCACAGAAACCCGCUCCAUAGUCCUGACUGCUGCUGUACCCAGAUUCUGCUCCUGGCUGGUAGAAGAUAAUGAAGUAAAAUUGUCUGAGAAAACCCAGCAAGCAGUGAGGGGGGAUGAGUCUUUCCUGGGCACUUUCCUAACAGGAGGAGAAGGAGCAUAUCUUUAUUCCAGCAAUCUACAGUCCUGGCCUGAGGAAGGGAAUGUUCAUUUCUUCUCUAGUGGCCUUCUGUUUUCUCACUGUCGUCAUGGAAGUAUCAUCAUUUCCAAGGAUCACAUGAAUUCCAUUUCCUUCUAUGAUGGGGAUUCCACCAGUACUGUUGCUGCUCUUCUCAUAGACUUCAAAAGCUCAUUGCUUCCUCACCUCCCAGUUCAUUUCCAUGGAUCAAGCAGUUUUCUGAUGAUUGCCCUUUUCCCCAAAUCGAAGAUAUACCAAGCAUUUUACUCAGAGGUCUUCUCCCUCUGGCAACAGCAGGAUAACUCAGGGCUCUCUUUAAAAGUGAUCCAGGAAGAUGGAUUAUCUGUGGAACAAAAGAGAUUGCACUCCAGUGCACAGAAGCUCUUCAGUGCCCUGAGCCAGCCUGCUGGGGAGAAACGGAGUUCCCUAAAGUUACUCUCAGCCAAACUCCCAGAGCUGGACUGGUUUCUCCAGCAUUUCACCAUCAGCAGCAUUAGCCAGGAACCUGUGAUGAGGACCCAUCUUCCUGUCCUGCUGCAGCAAGCUGAAGUCAACCCUACUCACAGAGUAGAAAAUGACAAGGUAAUUAUCAGCAUUGUAACUGGCCUCCCGGGCUGUCACGCUAGCGAGCUCUGUGCUUUUCUGGUCACUCUGCAUAAAGAAUAUGGCAGAUGGAUGGUGUAUCGCCAAAUCAUGGACAGCUCCGAAUGUUUUCAUGCUGCACACUUCCAGAGAUACCUUUCCAAUGCCCUGGAGGCCCAGCAGAACCGCUCUGCCCGCCAGUCAGCCUACAUCCACAAGAAGACCAGACUGCUGGUGGUGUUACAAGGCUACACAGAUGUUAUUGAUGUUGUCCAGGCCCUGCAGACGCACCCAGACUCAAAUGUCAAGGCCUCCUUCACCAUUGGUGCCAUCACAGCAUGUGUGGAGCCCAUGAGUUGCUACAUGGAGCACAGAUUUCUCUUUCCUAAAUGUCUUGACCAGUGUUCACAAGGCCUGGUGAGUAACGUGGUAUUCACCAGUCACACCAUGGAGCAGCGGCACCCUCUCCUUGUUCAGCUGCAGAGCCUCAUCAGGGCUGCCAAUCCUGCCGCAGCCUUCAUUCUUGCAGAAAAUGGGAUUGUCACCAGGAAUGAAGACAUUGAGCUGAUUCUCUCAGAAAAUAGUUUUUCAAGUCCUGAGAUGCUACGAUCUCGAUAUUUAAUGUAUCCUGGCUGGUAUGAAGGUAAAUUGAAUGCUGGAUCAGUCUAUCCCCUAAUGGUUCAGAUCUGCGUAUGGUUUGGCCGUCCCUUGGAGAAGACUCGCUUUAUGGCCAAAUGUAAAGCAAUUCAGUCCUCCAUCAAGCCAAGUCCCUUCUCUGGAAACAUCUACCACAUUCUGGGCAAAGUGAAGUUUUCAGACUCUGAGAGGACCAUGGAGGUCUGCUACAACACACUGGCCAACUCAUUGAGCAUCAUGCCAGUUUUGGAAGGACCCACACCACCACCGGACUCCAAAAGUGUAUCUCAAGACAGCAGCGGGCAGCAGGAGUGCUACCUUGUGUUCAUCGGCUGCUCCCUGAAGGAAGACAGCAUCAAGGACUGGCUGCGGCAGUCAGCUAAGCAGAAGCCUCAGAGGAAAGCCUUGAAGACCAGGGGGAUGCUGACGCAACAGGAGAUCAGGAGCAUCCACGUAAAACGCCACUUGGAACCCCUACCUGCAGGCUACUUUUAUAAUGGCACCCAAUUUGUUAACUUCUUUGGUGACAAAACUGAUUUUCACCCCCUCAUGGACCAGUUCAUGAAUGACUACGUCGAAGAAGCCAACCGGGAAAUUGAGAAGUAUAACCGGGAGCUGGAACAGCAGGAGUAUCAUGACCUGUUUGAGCUGAAGCCCUAGAGGAAGGCUGGGCCCUUAUAUCCUGCAGAAUGUCCACCUUGGAGAUGGAUUGGAGAUGGAUGAACGGGUGUCUUAACCUCAGCUCUCCUGGAGGCCUCUCCCUAAGGGGCUGUCUUUGUUCUCCUUGGCCUAUGUGUCCUGGCUUGAGUGCAUGUUGUCUUUAUUCCCUGUAUAGCGCUGAAGAGCAUCACCUGCACCAUUGAUUUGGGGGGUGGGGGGAAUACUCAAGGAUGAGCAGAUGGGGCCUGCCUGGCUACAUGUGCAACUGGUAGUCCAGGAGCUCUGGGUUUCUGAUAACAGGAUCUCCUUUGGGUUCUUGAGGUUGGGGAGAAGCGUUAGGAUUGUACGGAGGAGUGGGUGGGACUUGGAAGGAACCCUGGCUGCCUGAACUGUGGCCAUAUCUGGGAGGCAAGGCCACCACAGGCCUCAAGCCUCAGAUGCUGCUCCACAAGAGCCAUCUUCCCCAGUGGAGUGCCUGCCUCCCCUGCUAGGCCCCUUUCCCUGCAGGAGCUGGCCCUACUGGCCGUGGGCACAGUCCUGGGAGGAGCAGCACAGCCUUGCCCAGGCCCAGUCCACAGAGCCAGCAGCUUGGGUUGAGAUGAAUAAUGUGUUCACAAAUGAGGGAAUUUCCCUUCUGGACUAAACUGAAGAAGAAACUUGUUGCUUUCCAGAGGUGUGUGGCUCUAAAGUUGACAUCAGCUUUCUCUCUUGUGGGUGGUUCUUGAGCUCUCCUGUCACAUCAUUCGGGUGUCCUAAUGUAGGGACAAGAGGAAGCCUGCUGCUCAGGCCCCCUGGCGAGGCUUCACCUCACUGUGGAAGAGGGCAUUCUGCAGCUGGUUAGUCUUAGGCCUGGUGGCUGAUCACUUGUGGGGUCAGUCUCCAGCACCCAGCACUCCCACAAGCCUUGCCAGGGAAGGCCUGCUUUUCAGCCACAAACUUCAGGAAACUUACCCCCCACUCCCCAAAGCAUUGUUGCUGGCCCUGGGCUUGUGUGGCUCCUGAGGAUUGGGAAUUUCAAGUAAUUGCAAUACCUAAGUUAGAUUCCUUCCAAUGGCAUUGUUUUCAGCUGGACCGUAAAGCAGAGGGGAAUUACAAAUGUAUCCCAUGCCUGACCUUCAUAAUUGGUGUGAGGGACAGGGGAGUCACAGCCACUGAUAUUUAGGUGAUGUCUCUUAGGACUUCAGUGCCUCAGCUACCUGAACUGUAAAUGUUUUCUGAAUUUCACAUAUUUUUUUUUUGCAUGCCUUAGGAAGAAGCACAUAGGUAAAACCAGCAGUUUCCAGUAGUGUAGGGAGUUUUUGAGCAAGGCCUCUGGAGCAGCGGACAGACAGGAUGGAGCACAGGUAGUCUGUGUGCCUGGUCACACAGAGGCCUGCAUGCAAGUAGCAAAGCAACUCUCAAGGGCUUGGCAGUAAAAUAUAUUAGGAAAAAAAAACAAUUUGAAGCCAAAUGAACAAAACUCCAGAUACCAUUAAGGAAUUUUGCAUCAAGAAGGACUUCUGAAAAGACACACGUGCUCCAGUCCCAGCUCCAAAAGCCACUGGUGACAAGGGCCCCUCUGUGGAACCUAAGUCUGGGAGCCCCCUGACUUCUGGCUGGCCAGAGGCUGGGGUAUGUCAAGGGCUUGCCUCUGCUUCAGAAUCAAUAACACAGAUCUUAAGUGCAAUUGAUUAAUAAGCAAUGAGUUACUGUAGCUUCCUUUAGCUCUACCGAGCUCUUUUUAAAAACUCAAACUUGAGCAGCCUUAGAAAAGGGGUUGGGGGGUGGGAACCACAGGCCAUUUCUCUAAGUGGGCUGCUGUGAAGUUUUAAAUGAAAGCUCUAGCUUUUAGGAGCUUGAGCCAUUUCCUGACUGCACUGGCCUGGCAGUCUGGCUGCUGCACAAGAGUUUUUAAAGAGGGGUCGGAGCCCACCUGUGAGAGUGGGUCUUCUCACCAUGUGGGGCUGUACUACAUGGUGGUCUUGGUUUCUGUUCAUAGAAAUGCUCUCUCACCAACUUGCCCCACUGUCCCAACUCCUCUCCUCUUAGAGAAAAAACUGUGAUUACCUCAACUUGAAUAUGAAACUGUGAUUGAAAAAAAGUCAAAACGUUAAGAAGCAUCAAAGCCAAAAAGGCAAAACUGGCUGAGGCCUCUGUCGAUGCUCCUCAGCCUACUUGGGAACGUGAAGGGGAGGCUGGCGAAAGGGCAUUCCUGGGGCCACUUGCUCUGCCCCACUGAUAAGGCACACCAGCGGUGCACUGUGUGAGCUCUUUGAGGACUGAGGCCAGGGGAUGCCUCCUGGAAUCUUCCAGGCCUCUCUGUUCUGUUAAGUUCAAUAUCCACUUGAUUCCUCCAGACGGCACUCCCAGGUCUGGGGAAGCAGGGUCUUCCACUGUCUCCAAAAGAAUGGCCAUGACACUGCUUUUGACUAUAGAAGUGGAUCCAGGGACCCAGCAAAGACAGCGGGGGUGGGUUCCCAGGGACAGGCAGUCCUCCAGGGGCUUAUGUGCUUUUUGCCAACUUUCCUGUUAGCAGCUUCAGUUUAUAUCACCCAGAGUGUGUGGGAUAAUGUUGAAGUCGCUGAAGUUAUGGGUUAUUUUAUGUUUUGACAUGGGAUUUUUCUGUUUUCGAUUAGAAGAAGGAGACAGAAAUUGGAGAAAAUGGGAUUAUUAUCCUAGGGAAGGGCAAGGAGUCAAGUUGGCACCUCUGAGCCCUGGGGGCUCUCUGACCUGAAGCCUGGACACUGGGCCCUUCAGGUCACAAGAAAAAGUUCCCUCCUAAAUUCUGUUAGGAUUUUGGAGAAUUUUUGCACAGUAAUAAGCUCCAGGUUGCUCUUUGGGCUUCUCAAAAGGGAAAAGUUCAAUUCAAAGAUUGUAAACUACAAAGUAUUCCAGCAGUGUUGCUGAUCUAGUUGGAUAGUUGUACCUCAAAAAAGUAGGUGAGAACUGGCUUCCUCAUUGUCCCAGGGUGUCAAAUACUAAUGACAUAAGAGCUCACUUACGUGCCAAAAUUCACUUUUAUACUAGUUUUUCAGUGCUUAAAUAUUUGUAACUUAAAUUUUAAAACUCGUAUUUACAAACACUACUGUAACUUCAGUGAAACUGAAUUGUGUGAUUGAAGCUUUUUGCUUAUCAUAGUAUUUAUUACACUACUUAAUUCAGUAAAUAUAUAAAAGUAGCUUUCAAUUUAUUUUUAUAUUAUUUUACAUGUUUUUACCUGCAGUUGUGUAUGUGAAUUUACCUCGGUAAUUGAGAUGUCAUGCUAAGGACCAAUAAACUAUCACUGAACAA